ACGGCUCGUUCCUGGACAGUAUAUAGACUUCAUUGGGAGUCGUUAAAGGCGACACAUAUUCCAAAAUAAUAACGCUUUUGGGCUCGAAUUUGAUUUUUGCAUAUAAGAUUGGUGGAGCUAAGUUCUCAGGGUGGAUACAAUGUCUAAUUUGAGUGAGCUAACAAGCUAGCGGUGUUGACGGUACUUUGGGGUUAGUGAUGUUCAGUAACUCCACAGCUGGGAGAGGAGGCUUGUAUUAGUGCAAGAGCUAAGAUGCUAACGAUGGAUUGUGGAUUAUCGCCUGGAUUUGUGCGAAGUCUUCCUGAAGACAGACAUAAAGAAGAAUCAUUAAGGAAAAAUGAAAAGUGAAAAGGACAUCAUUUCGAGCAAGGGGUUUUGGGUUUAUUCGCUGAAUCCAGAUACAAUGGGGUUAGCUCGUUUUCUCCGAGGCGUGACGACAUUUCUCCGGUCGCCAGCCUGAAAGUCCACCGGGGCAAGUGAUGCCGUCGGUGCUCAGUCCCGAAAAAAGGCACAGUGCAUUCCCGUUAUAAACCAUGAACAAUUGUGAGUAUCAGCAAAUCGACCCGCAGGCACUUCCCACGCCCACCCCGACCCCGCCACCCCACCAUGGAAGCGACACGGAGAAGAAAAAGGAGCCGAGAAGACCCAGAAGAAAGUGGGAAGUUUUCCCCGGGAAGAACCGCUUCUACUGCGAUGGACGGAUCAUGCUGGCCCGCCAGAGCGGGGUCCUGCCCCUCACCCUGGGUCUCAUCCUCGUUACAAGUGUCUUAUUCUUUAUAUUCGAUUGCCCCUUCCUAGUCAAACACUUGACCGGCUGCAUACCCGCCAUCGGAGGCAUCCUCUUUGUGUUUGUGGUCAUCACCCUGCUUCAGACCAGUUUCACCGAUCCCGGCAUCCUGCCCAGGGCCACGCCAGACGAGGCUGCGGACAUCGAAAGACAAAUCGACAACACUGGAAACCCCAGCUACCGGCCUCCACCACGCACCAAGGAAGUCCUCAUCAACCAGCAGGUGGUCAAGCUCAAGUACUGCUUCACCUGCAAGAUGUUCCGGCCCCCGCGCACCUCCCACUGCAGCCUGUGUGACAACUGCGUGGAGAGAUUUGACCACCACUGCCCCUGGGUGGGGAACUGCGUAGGGAAACGCAACUACCGUUUCUUUUACACCUUCAUCGUAUCGCUCUCCUUCCUGACGGCGUUCAUCUUCGGCUGUGUGACCACGCACCUGGCGCUGAGAGCUCAAGGAGGGAAAGGCCUGGUGUUUGCCCUUCAAGAGAGCCCUGGAAGUGCAGUAGAGCUGGUGAUCUGCUUCUUCUCAGUCUGGUCCAUCCUGGGCCUCUCAGGCUUCCAUACAUACCUGGUUGCUUCCAAUCUGACCACCAAUGAAGACAUUAAAGGCUCCUGGUCAGGGAAGAGUGGAGAAGAUGUAACCAACCCAUACAGUCAUAAAAACAUCUUUAUCAACUGUUGUUCUGUCCUUUGUGCACCCAUUCCACCCAGCCUCAUCGACAGACGGGGCUUACUGCCCGCAGAAGAGUCGGUGCAGACCGGCGGUGCGGGCAUCGAGCUGCCAGCCCUGGCUGCUAAGAGCGAGAUAAACGUGUGCACGCAGGGAACUAAAGGUCUCCUGGAAUCAGCGACUCUUUCCCCGCUCCUGGCCGCCUCAUGUCCUCAGGGGAAACCUCCCACCGCUCAUCCGUGCACAGAAAACAGCCCUGCAGUGAACUCUGACCCCUCACCAGAGAUCUCCAAGAGCUGUGGGGCCCAUCAUACUACCAGAUCCUAUAGGAAUACCUCUCGGUCAAAGAAAUCCAAACCAGCUGCUUUGCAUAUUCCCAACCCGGGCUUCGAAACCUCUUAUUCUCCCAACCCUCCGGACUCUGACCCUGGCUCCAAAGCCAGCUGCCGCAAAGGCACCAGCUUCGCCCCACUGUGA